AUUUAAUUUAGUUUUCCAUAUUACAGUUUAGAGUUUACGCCAGCGAUCAUCGUUUUUAAAGUAUUUGGCGAAAUGAACCGAUUAAAUAGUAGUUCUUCCUGGGCUUCAAGCCGAAAAGGGAAGUAUAACCCAAGAAUCAUCUUGAUGACCAACAUACUCGUACAGUCUCUUCGGCUAGUCAAAGCUGACGCCACUGACAUGCGCAGUAAGGAUGUUUGGUAGCACUGGCAUGUCUUUAACACACAGCGCCUCUCUGUGGGCAAAUAAUAUGGAAAUUAUAAUGAGAGUAAAAAUAUAUUGUCCUGUUUCAUUUUGGAUUGCAACACGCUGAGAUGAUUAGCUGCGAGAAGACACCACAUAAGGCUUUUAUUCUUGCCGUGUUAACGCAAAGUGACGGUUUGAGGUGGCUGACGUCAGCUUGCAGAAUGGACUAAACGUCAAAUGUUCUUCUUACCUGGGAUUUCCUCUCCGAUGUCUUCGUCGUGACACUUAUCGUCAAAGCAAUGACUUCCUCUGCAGGACUCCAUGCGUCCAGCAGCAGUCCAGAUGGAAAAAAGAUCCAUAAACUGCUGGCUGUGUGUGGAUCCACAACUAACAUGAAGAACGACCUGCUGCUUCUUAGGCCUGAUGGACCUCAACUCAGCAAACAUCUCGUCUUCUUCCACGGAGACAUUCAGAACUUUCAGGAUGAGAUGGUCCUUCAGCCAGAGGGGGUCCAGUGGCUAUCCUGGAGUCUGGAGGAGGUGGCUGUCACCCUUGGCCGUCGUUUCCCUCAACACCACAUUUGGGUGGUGAGAGCCUCCCGCAUGUACCUCCACAAGUUCAGCUGCUAUCACAACUUUGUGGAGAGCAACAUGUUUGGAGCUCCACAACACGCACCCUACUCGCCCAACAGUGGAGCUCUUCACCACCUCAGGGCCCUGCUAAGCCACGCAAUGGAGCGAGCCGGCCUGCCAAACAUCCUACAUCCACAGGGAGGCGCUGCAAGCAUCCCGGCAGGGUUUUCUCUGACUGUAGUAGGCUUCAGCAAAGGCUGUGUCGUCCUGAACCAGAUGGUGUAUGAGCUGGCCGGGGCUCGGGCGGACCAGCAGAUGUGGGACUUUGUUAAAAGCAUCUCAGACAUGUUCUGGCUGGACGGCGGCCACCCAGGAGGAAGUGAAACCUGGGUGACAGACAAGCAGGUGCUGCACCAGCUGGCUGCCAGUGGAAUUGGUAUCCACGCACACGUCACCCCGUAUGAGGUGUGUGACCCCAUGCGGGCCUGGGUCGGCCGUGAGCACAGACGCUUCAUCAAGACCCUGGAGGAGUUUGGGGCGAGCCUAUUCCAUAAAAUUCACUUUGAAGAUAACCCCCCCUCUAUUGAAAACCAUUUCAGGGUCAUCCAGGAAUUCUGACAAAAUAAGUUGUUGUAAAGUUUCGUGUAGGCCUGCUGAAAUAUCCUUCCAGCAUUGAUACUACGUUUGUCUGAAGCUCAGCUUUGUGACAAUAGGUGGAGUCGGCAAAGGAUCAAGGGAAAUCUCCCUUCUUCAGAAAGCGUUUCAUUCAUUCAUGCUUUUACCAGUUUUCAUUGAAACGAUGGCUACAUGAACCUGCACUAGAGGUUUACUUUCACACCACAGUGACGCUCUUUUAUUCCUAAAUGUUACAUUCUAUGACUUACACCGAUGUUAUUACAUCAUCUGAUUUGAUCUGACCACAGAAAUGUAUUGUAUACUUAAUGCUAAUUUAUUUUAAGUUAUUUAAGUAGAAAAGUCUUUAAUUUGCAUUCCUUGUGUUAUUGCUGUCAAUAUUGAAUGUAACGUCAAUCAUUCCGUGUAUUAAGUUAUUUUUUCACCAGUGUGACAAAAUGUCUUAAAAGUCCGAGUGGCAAUUUGUUGUUUGAAAAUACCAAUACCUUGUUAGUAAUAAUCAAUGCAUUACAUCUCUCCAAACCUAAAACAAAGGGAGUCUCAUUUUCUACAGAUCUUUAAUGAGCUUUUUGCAGUUUGAUGCCUAAAUAUUAGCAUGUGCUUGUUGACAAUACAUUAUGGAUUAAGUUGUUUCUUAAGUCAUUGCAAAUACAAUCAGAUUGCUCAUACAUUAAAUAGAAAAUCCAAAAUAAACAAACUUAUCUCUGAAACAUUUGCUUGUGCUUAUGGUUGUUUCAUCUCUUAAGACACUUCAUAUCCUCCAGGAGACAAACAUCUGUCAAUCGUGGGUGACGCCACUUGGAUACGAGAUAGAAUACACCACAUAAAUUGAGUGGUCGUUGUGUUGGAGAAUAAUGCCAGCAAACGAGUUUCAUCAUUCAUCACUGUUGUGAAACAAGUCCUUCUCAGUUUUUCUGAUUGUGCUGCAACAGGAUGAACAACUUCGGGUAACAUCCUCUGACAAGACACUUGUCAAACGUGAUGAUGAGGUAUUAGCAAACAGCAGAGAAGUCAAAAGCUUAUUUCUUGACACAUUCACAAAGCACAUUGGACAGGCAAAUAUCUGGACAACAAGCUCGGGCUGCUGUGUCGGCGAUAUUAUGUGUUAAAUAUGAGGCUACUACACACUAAGGCCUUUGGACCAAGUGUUGACAGCAUUAGAUGAUUAAAAAUAAAUGUGGAAUGUAGAACAAACAAUGGAACACAUUAGAAAGGAAUGGUGUCAUUUAUUUCACACCAUACCAAGGCCUUGUACCUGUUUACCAUUUCACCCACAUAACGUCACCAGCAUCUGCUUCCUUCUAGAACCACUUCCAAGCGACACACUCAUCAUUCAACGUCCACUUUAACUUCCCAGCACCACAUAAAAGCAUCUUUGCUCCCAACAGUCCAACGCUAACACCACCUUUCUCCUUACAUUAACCUCAUGUGCUGACGCACACAAAU